CCAGCUGUCCUUUUCCACCAGGGCUGUGGCCCCGGGGCAGCAGUGCUCAGCGAGCCCCUAUCAUCUCUAAGAAUAAACUCUGAAGCUGCAGGCUGUGCGGACCUGAAUCAUCGGGAAGCCCAUCGAGGAGGGGAGUGGCUUUCCGGGGCAGGCAAGUGGACUAUAUAAGCCCCAGAGGGCUGGCGCUGCCCCGAUCUCUUCCACCGGCUUCUGCCUGCCAGAGGGGAGCCUUUGCAGCAGCUCUCGCACAACACCCACCAUGUCCCAGGCUGGUGCUCAGGAGGCCCCCAUCAAGAAGAAGCGCCCCCCCGUGAAGGAGGAAGAUCUGAAGGGGGCCCGUGGGAACCUGGCCAAGAACCAGGAGAUCAAGUCCAAGACCUACCAGGUCAUGCGGGAGUGUGAACUAGCUGGUUCCACCGCCCCGUCGGUGUUCAGCGGCACCCGGACCGGCACCGAGACCGUCUUUGAGAAGCCCAAAGCUGGACCUGCCAAGAGUGUCUUUGGCUAAGAAGUGCACACCAUUCCUCUCGCCACUGCCAACUCCUAGAUGCAGGAGCCUUUCCCAAAAACUUUUUUUAUGCCAGAAUACACCUUCUCACCUGCUGCCUCUGGGACUGCCGCCUAUCCCUCAGAGCCCUGGUCCCUCAGCCCAGGGAGUCUGCACCGGCACCUGGGGAACAAUAAAGAGGAUGCCCAAGUGA